UGGCCAUGACUGCAGUACUGUUCAAGCUUUAGUAGCCAAGUACUGACAGUGCCACCACGUUCAGGUAGAGCGGCUAAACCCAGUUGUGUGUGUCUUCGUAGCUUUGUGUUCUUCAUACUCAACAUCUUCAAAGUUUCCAUAUCGGAAAGUGCAUCGAUUGAAACAGUGAAAGUUCGUAUACCACAUAAAUCAGAUACAAUGAAGAUCCAAACUAGCGGCGGCGAUCAAAUUGAGGUGGACCGAAGUUCCAAUUCUUGGGCCAUGGUGCAGCAGAUUUGCCAGCAGGUGGGCCAGGAAAACGCGUUCUACGUUUGCAACCUCAGUUCCAUUCUGGAGAAGCACAAAGGCUGGCAGGCGGUCAUGCCAAGAGUCGAGCCGCAUUAUGCUGUGAAGUGCAACAACGACUUGGCAGUUCUGGAAAUCCUAGCGACUCUCGGCGCGUGCUUCGACUGUGCGUCUAGGGCGGAGAUCAGAAAAGUCUUGUCGCUGGGCGUGUCUCCAGAUCGCAUUAUUUUUGCCAAUCCUGCGAAAAUCAGCAGCCACAUUCGGUACGCCGCUGAUGUUGGGGUGGCCACAAUGACUUUCGAUGACGUGUGCGAACUCCACAAGAUCCAAAAUCUCUAUCCUAGUGCGAGGUUGGUGAUCCGGAUCAGAGUGGAUGCAACUGAUGCCCAAUGCCCUCUAGGGAUGAAGUUCGGGUGCGAACCAAACGAUGCUCCCCAACUCUUAGAUGUGGCUCGCUCUCUCAAUCUGAACGUGGUGGGAGUCAGCUUCCAUGUGGGCUCUGGAUGUAGGGAACCGGCAGUCUUCCGACGCGCCAUUUCUGCAGCCCGUGAUGUCUUCGAUUACGCCUCCACUGUGGGCUUCAAGUUCUCUUUGCUGGACAUUGGAGGCGGAUAUCCCGGGGUACGCGGAUCAUCCCUCACAGAUAUUGCCGCGGUGGUAAACAACGCCUUGGAGGACUUCUUCCGCGAUAUGGACGUGCGUGUUAUUGCCGAACCCGGCAGGUACUAUGUGACUUCCGCGUUCACAUUGGCCUGCAACAUUCACUCAGUCCGCAAAAUAACCGAUGUGGACGAUCAGGGCAGAAGAUUCGAGACGCACCGAAUGUACUACAUCAACGACGGCGUGUACGGAAGUUUCAAUUGCGUGCUAUACGAUCAUCAAGUGGUCUGCCCGGUGCCACUUAAGGAGUAUCCAGAGAGCAGGAGAAUUUCCAGCAGCGUUUGGGGCCCCACAUGCGACGGUCUCGACCGCGUUAUUGAAGACAUCUCGCUUCCCGACAUGAAUAUUGGGGACUGGAUGGUGUUUGAAGACAUGGGCGCCUACACUCUGCCGGUUGCCAGCACCUUCAACGGCUUUCCAGUGCCGGAAGUCUGCUACAUCAUCAAACAACACGAAUGGGCUCAAUUGAAAAAUUUUAUUUCGCUGUCCAGAGCGGAGCUUGAGGUAAUCGAAGAGCCCAAUGCGGCUGACGAGGAACUGUUUUGUCUGAAGAUACCGUCGAACCUCAACGCGCCGUUGGCCUCAGUGAAGAAGCCCGAGGCGUUCGCCACAAUCUGCUCCUCCGACCUCAUGGUGGGAUGAACCCAUUCCAUUUCAUUUUUAACAAACUGAUACACUUGACUGGCUUUGAUGAGGGGAACAACACAAUGGGAAAGACAAUUUAACAAUAGUUAUCAAUUAUUUCUACUGUAUUUAAAUAAAGGUUUCGACGAG